AUGUCCUCAGACCGUCCAAAUCCGCGCCGCUCAUCUCGCGACAUCGACAUCAACAAGCUGUCCGAAUCGCAGCUACUCACGCGACCUCCACGACCUAGCCAGUCCCAGCCCUCAUCCACACCCCUGCCGACCCAUCAUCGACGACCGUCAUCAACACUGGUACCUCAGCCGCCUCCACAACAAGAACGUACUCCCUCUCCAGCACCCCCCUCACCAGACAACCCCACCACCUCAGACCUGCCCCUCUCCCUCUCAGCCUCUACGCUCCUGCACUCGCCCGCCCUCCCCACGGACGCCCGGACCGCGCUAAAUCAAAUUGCUUCGACCCUAGAUCCACCCUCACAUAAGAUCACGGUCCGGUUCCACGCCAUCGGCGACGCGCCACCGCUGAAGCAGAAGGUCGCCAAGGUUUCGGCUAGUAAUACGUUUGCUACGAUUGUGAAGUUCUUGAGGAAGCGGCUCUAUCCGGAGGGAGGUGGGGAGGGGAGAGAGGCAGAUGGGUUGUUUUGCUACGUCAAUAGUGUGUUUGCGCCGGGGCUGGAUGAGGGAGUGGGCAAUCUGUGGCGGUGCUUCAAGGUCGAUGAUCAAUUAAUUGUUGCGUAUUCGAGGACGCCAGCGUUUGGGUGA